GGUUUGCAGCCAGCUCCAUGGACUUUGGAACCAGUGGCUGCAGCCAGGGAGGCACACCAAGAAGCAGAUCAUGGACCUGGUGAUCCUGGAGCAGUCCCUGAUUCUCCUGCCUGUGGAAAUGCAGCACUGGGUCAGAGGAUGUGGGCCAGAGACCAGUUCCCAGUCGGUGGCCCUGGAUGAAAGCUUCCUCCUGAGUCAGGCAGAGGAGAUGAGGCAGGCAGAACAGAUGAGGGAACCAUCUUUGAAGAUGGAAGCUGCAAUCCCUGAGGUGGAAGGAGCUUCCUUGGAGCAGGGGCAGAGGGUGCAGGCGGUGGAGCAUGCCCAAGAUGGCCUCUUCUGUGAAGAUGAUCAAAGGAUUGAGGAGGGGGAGGAACUUCGUCAGCAAAUAUCAGAUAAAGUUAAACAUGAAAACUUGAAUGAAAAUGUCAGGAAUCAAAGCAGAACUAAGGGAAACAAAGAUGGUGGUAUGGUUGAGAAGUGUGAUGGAAGAAAGCGGAAUGUACAUUUUCCAAAGAUAAUGAAGACAAGCAAAUCCAUUCAGUGUGGAAAGUAUUUAAGAACUAGAUCACAGCUCCUUGUAAACCAAAGAAUACGGAGAGAGGAGAUACCUUCUAAAUAUUCAGAGAUGAGAGCUGAAUGCAGUAGGAACAUUUAUACAGCUUCUCCCCCAUGUGGAUUCUUUGAUGGCAAGGCAUCAAGCGCAUCCCUGUUGCGUUCUUUUGCCUUGCUGCUUGUCAUCUCUACACUGGCUACAAGAAGCUUUGGAGCACAGGACUCCACCUUCACGGCUCAUCGCACCAUGUCUCAGAAUCCCAGCUUUAAGGAACAAUUACAAGGAUUUUUAUUCCAAAGAAAUAGACUAUUGCUAUAAGUAUAUGGACUUCGUGUAUGGAUGUGUCUUAUAUUUGCCCUUUUGGUAUUGUAUGAUUCUAUGAGGAUGUUUGAUUGUAUAAAAUAAUUGAAAAAUCUGGGGUUUUGCUUA